UCGAAAAGAUGACGUCUAAACGGAGCAUUGGAAACACGGAGUUCCUGGAUAAAAGGGUCCCCCAAAACCCAAGAUAUCAGCACGUGAAAACAAGACUGGACACAGGUUGCAGUCUAUCAAAGUAUAUGGAAAAGCUAGAGGAGAAGAAAAAUUACAGGUAUCGAAAGGAUGAACUGUUCAAACGCCUAAAAGUGACAACGUUUGCACAGUUGGUACUUCAGGUAGCCUCUGUAUCGGACCUGAAUGAAAGUGUGAAUGAUGGAGAAUUGCUUGGCCCAGAAGACUGUCUGUCUGAAGUGGAGUUGGAGCAUCUGUCUGAGCACAGCAAUGGCUCUGCCCAGGCCACACCAAUAACAGGAAAUCUCCCAGAAAACUGUAACGUCAUGGAGGACACUGGCUACUCCCCUAGGUCUACACUGCAGAGUGUCAUCAGUGGUGUGGGAGAGCUGGACCUGGACAGAAAUGGCCUGAAGACAAUGAAUGUGAUGCCAGUGUCCAGUCUCCAGUCAGCUGAUGGACCCUACCCUGACUGCCCUUACCUGCUGCUAGAUGUACGGGACCAUGACCAAUAUGAACAGUGUCACAUCAUUAGCGCAUACAGUUAUCCUAGUGCCAUGCUGUCCCGCACAAUGAACCCUUACACCAAAGAAGUUCUGGAUUAUAAAAAUGCAGCGGGGAAGAUCAUCAUUGUAUAUGACGAGGAUGAGAGAAUAGCCAGCCAAGCAGCCUCCACCAUGUGUGAGCGAGGAAUUGAGAAUCUAUUUAUGCUGUCUGGAGGUCUUAAGGUGAUUGCUCAAAGAUUUCCAGAAGGGAUGACCACGGGUUCCAUCCCGGCCUCCUGCCUGCUGUCUCCCACAGCAACAACAGGGAGGAGACGCUACACAGUGCAGCAACCACUACAGGUGGCAGAGAGGAGGUGGAGGUUUACAGCGGAUGAGCUGGCCAAGAUCCAACAGCAGCUGGAGGAGAUCAUGGUCCCCAGUAACCCUAACAGCCAACUGUCCAGCCGUAUAUCAACCAGCAGCACCCAGUCCAAAGCCUCCAGUGCUCGCAGUCGACUAAGCAGCUCAACUGGACGGAAGGAGAGCACCAGGACCCAGAGCAGCAGGCCCUGGAAAUGACGACUUGGAGCUUUGAAAUGUGUACACACACACUCAACAUACCUCCAUUUUACUCCAUGAAAAAUAGGCAAUUUAUUUCAACACAGAUAUCCCAUGAAACAUUGAGAACUUCCAUCCGUCCUAAGCAGAGAUGCAGAACUCUUGUCCCAGUCUGUUUAGUGUUCAUCUCCCCAGUUCUGCAUUCUGACAGUACAACAGUCAGGGGUAGGCAGAACCAUACUACAAAUACUUCAGAGUAGACUUUAUGGGGAUUUUCCCCCCCAUGUUAAUUUGUGCUCUUUUUAAGUUGCUGAAGCCUGCAGUAGCUUUGGCUCUUAAGUGCAAUUUGGACAAAUUAUUUUUUUGCUUUUCUGCCUUUUGCAAAGUAAACUUGAUUUAAAAUCUGCCAUAUCAUCUUUUUUUUAAUGUAAUUUCAGUACUUUUAAUUGCCUCAGUUGCUCCUGACCCCCAUUUUGUCUAUAAUAGAGGAUUAUCACCAUUUUAAUUUUAUACCUAUGAAAUAAAACCUGCACUUUUGUCCUUGUUUAUGAACUUCUUAGCAACAAAAUGCGUGAUUAUUCACUCUUCCUUUUACAGUCUGCUCUAGGUUCUGCUUUUAGAACUGAAAGUUUUUGGGGGUUUUUUAGGAGGGGAAAAGGCUUUUUUUUUUCAUGAUGUUGCUCAUGAUCAUUUUUUCAUGAUACUGUUGCUCGGUUAAUGUUGGUUCGGUCGAUAGCUUGACCAACAGAAGCUUCAAAAACAAAAAGAUACCACAUGAUAAGGUGAUGCUGUAAACUGGCUAAUGUGAAUUGAGGAAGGGAAGGAGGUCAUUGUUUUUUUUUUAAAGUAUUAUUUAUUUUAGUGUAGUCUCCUUUUAGUCAAUUCUAUUUGUAUAGCCCAAUAUUACAAAUUUGCCUCAAGGGGCUUUAAAGGGGCUUUUUUUUUAAGUCACGAUAAAUGAUAGUGACA